CAUCGCAAAAUGCAAAAACGUUACUAGCUAAGCUAACGCAGUAUUUCUCUUUUAUUUUAGUUGUAAACUUUAUAUGAUUCCAAUCUCAAAUCUCAAAGAGAUAUAUAGUAUGUGGUACUAAGAAUCGCGUGGUUUACCAAGAAAAAGACCCUUACAUGCAACAAAAGAACAAAUUUCUAUCAUUUUGUACUCCACCUCUUCAACACCAGAAAAGUUUGACUUUUAGAGAAAUAGGCAUGGAGAUUGAUAAAGCGAUCAGAGAAUGUGAUGACCGAAGACUGAAAACAAAGUACAACAAUGCCAUAUAUGUUAUCAAAAGAGCCUUUGCUCUCUAUUCUAUACAAGAGGUUGCAUUGAGCUUCAAUGGAGGGAAAGAUUCCACUGUUUUGCUUCAUUUGCUUAGGGCAGGCUAUUAUUUGCAUGAAGCUGAAAGAUGCGAUCCCAAUGGGGACCUUGGGAAUGGUGAAAUCACAUUUCCAGUACGAACAAUAUAUUUUGAGAGCCCAUCAGCUUUCCCAGAAAUCAACUCAUUCACUUAUGAAAUGGCUGCUAAUUACAGCUUGCAAAUGGAUAUUAUUCGCCUUGACUUCAAAUCUGGUUUAGAGUCUCUGCUUAAGGCUAAUCCAAUUAAAGCUAUUUUUCUUGGUGUUCGGAUUGGAGAUCCUACUGCGGUAGGUCAAGAGCAAUUCUCACCUAGCUCACCUGGUUGGCCACCUUUCAUGAGAGUGAACCCAAUUUUGGAUUGGUCAUACAGAGAUGUUUGGGCUUUCCUAUUGACUUGCAAGGUCCAGUAUUGUAGCCUUUAUGAUCAAGGAUACACUUCUAUUGGGAGCAUCCAUGACACUAUACCAAAUGCAUUGUUGUGCACCACCCAUUCCACUAAUUGCGAUGAAAAAUUUAGACCCGCAUAUUUACUCUCUGAUGGAAGGUUGGAAAGAGCGGGGAGAGUAAAGAAGUACUCUUCUCCAGUAUCCGAGCAAGUGUCACCCAUUAACAAUGGAUUGAAAGGUGAAGAUUCGUGUUGGAAAAACAUGCUAACAGCUUCAGUAAUUGCCGUUGGUGAUGAGAUUUUAUUUGGCACUGCUGAGGACAAGUUGGGCUCUUCACUGUGUAAGAAGCUCCAUACUAUUGGUUGGGCUGUGUCUCAAGUUAUUGUAACUCGAAAUGAUGUUGACUCUGUAGCCGAGCAAGUGGAGAGACAGAAGUCUACAAACAACAUGGUGUUUAUAUAUGGAGGGGUCGGUCCAUUGCAUUCAGAUGUUACUGUAGCCGGAGUUGCUAAAGCUUUUGGUGUCCGCUUGGCUCCUGAUGAGGAAUUUGAAGAAUAUCUAAGGCACCUUAUAGGUGAAAAAUGCACUGGGGACAAGAAUGAGAUGGCACAGCUGCCUGAGGGUAUUACAGAAUUGUUGCAUCAUGAACGGAUGACAGUACCUUUGAUCAAGUGCGAGAACGUAAUCGUUCUCAAUGCGACAAAUGUGAGUGAACUGGAUGAGCAAUGGGGUUGUCUAAUUGAAUUGACAAAAUCUAAUGGCCUACUUGCACUAGCGGAACCAUUUGUAUCAAAACACUUGGCAACCGCACUUUCUGAUGUGGAAGUUGCUCAACCUCUAUCAAAGCUGUGUCUUCAAUUUCCUGAUAUUUACAUCGGUGGCUAUCGAGAAUCAAGAAUAGGACCUCUCGUGAUUACAUUCGAGGGAAAAGAUCUGGUGAGGAUAAAAGCAGCAGUAGAAGCAUUGCUUCAGAAUUUCCAUCCAGGAACUUUCUCUCACAUUCACUGACUGACUGUGGGUUCAUUUCCUCUAACCCCAAGUGUGCUUGGAGCUUUCUUGUUGCUGUGAUAUGCAAGUCAAAUAGAAUGGAAUGUUGAGGAGAGGAAAAGUUGCAAUAACAGGAAGUUAGAAGUUUCAGUGCUGCAAUGUAGGGAAGAAUUUCCAUCUAGGCACUUAUAAAUUUGUGUUGUUGAUUAAAACUGUACUGCUCUAUAGCCAUUAGCGACCCAACCAAUACAAAUUCAACAACAAUAUUGUUGUCUGGAAAGUUACCAUCUCUAGCUCCUUGAAACA